AUGAAGCGCGUCCGACGCACCACUUCCCCGCCGCCCGACUCAUCGAAUGGCAACGCCCAGGGAUCUGGAUAUCGUGAAAGUUCCCUCCUCCCACCACUGUCGCUGUCUAUUCUCGGGGUCGAGCCGCUUGACGAGUUCAUCAGAGAGAUUGCAGACUUCGUCCAUCACAUGGUCAUGACACGCCCAGACAUACCCAAUAGCAAGGUUGAAGUAGAGGCGAAGAUUGGGGUCCUGCGCGACCGGUCGACGGGACACCGGCUCUCGCUACCUGUUCUUGUGGAGACAAUUCUUACCCCAAAUGCCACGGACUCGCGGUUUGAAUCGAACAUGUCAGUUGGCCAGCAUAAACACUUUAAUACGCUUCUCAACAGGCUGAAGACGCAGUCUUCGCAAGCCUCGCACAUUGGCAGCCCAGUCGACUACAGCCACCACUAUUUGAUAGACACCUUCUACGCCGCUGAGGGAAAUGAGAAGAUACGAGUAACGCGCGAUGAGAAGACGGGAUCUGUCAUAGAGUCGAUGAAGAAAAUUCGGCUGGGAGACCUGAACGUGUACAGUCCGAAGCGAAGCGCGGAUUGGAGGGUCAGCGUAAAUCUGGAAGUUCCAGUUCCUCACCCUAUUGGCUCGGCCACACUUACCAGAAGAAAGGACCGCCUUAGCUAUUCGCACGAAGAGUUCAAGAUUGAUCUCACCCAAGUGACCUCCACAACAUCUCCCAAUGCACCGGCGCAAAUACUUCACGAACUUGAGGUAGAGAUUGCACGUCCAGAGCUUGUCUUAGCAACUGCGUUGAAAAGAGGCGACCCUAAUACCUCAGAGCAUGAACAGAGUGCAUUCGAUGAAUUAAUACGAGCCUUCGUCAACAAUGCGCGUAUAUUGGUCCGAAAUGCUGAAGAUGGCUGGCAAUAG